AUGGCGGGUGGUGAUGGUUCCGAGGCGGAGGCAUCGGGGCUUGUCAACACGCUCCAAGGGCAUGUCGAUGACAUCCGAAGCCGUUUGCAAUGUGGAAUUUGCAUCAGACCUCUUUAUGAGCCUUUCAGUCUUGCUUGCGGACAUACCUUCUGCUACACCGUGAGUGGCCACCCCCCAUCAACUUUUGGUCUACCGAGGCCCGCCUCUAAUUCUUUCAAAGUGCCUUGCGCAAUGGUUCAGUGGUGGAAGAUCGAAGCGGACAUGUCCGGAUUGCCGGGCUCCCGUAAAGACACAGCCCGCGCCAGCGUAUCUUUUUUAAAGGUUCGAGAGAUCGUACAUAUGUUCACGAGUCGAGCAGAGCUGUUGGAUAAGGGGGAAACCACCGCCGAGCAUUUAGUGAACCGACAAGCAGAAUCGGAGAAACUGGACCUAGACAAAGCAAAUACGAACCCACAAACUGGUGGUCUGUUUGGAGGUCUCUUCAAACCCAAAGCUCCUGCGUUGAAACCCCUUGUCGAUGUAGAUGAUGGGGUGAUGCGAUGUCCAAACUGUCAGUGGGAGCUCGAAGAAGAUGCGUGUGGGGGUUGCGGAUGGGUUUAUCGCCCGGACGAAGAUAUAACCGACUACAGUGGAUCUGACGAGGAUGACUACGAUGACGAGACCGAUUAUGACUCGAUGCUUGACGGGGAGGACCCUGAAGAGGAUGAAUUUGGGGACAUUGAUGAUGAUGACAGUGCUUGGGGGCCGUACGGGGCUUACGGCAGGCCAUUCCUUUUCGGAGAGGGAGGCCCAGAUGCUGCUGCUCUCUUUGGUCCUUUCGCCCAUGCUCUUGGAAGUCAUGUCUACCAACCGCAUCCAUGGGGGCCAGUGCCUGUUCCCGGAGACUUUAAUGGUCAUUACGACGACGAGGAGGGCUUCGAGGACGAAGAUGAGUAUGACGAGAUGGACUCCUUUAUUGACGAUGAGGAGCGUCCAAAUGGCACGCAAUACGACUCCGAUCAUUCGACUGUUGUCGGCGCCAACGGACCUCCGAGUCGUGCUUCUCCGACCCGGAGACAAGGGCGACCCGUUUUGAACAUCGACUCUUCAUCCGAAGAUCCAAGCGACGCCGAGGAAGGCGAUACUACUGGCGUGUCGUUCGCUGAUGGAUGGAACCCUCAUUCUUCUGGAGGAGGGGCGUCGAGUAGCCCUCCCUCUCAAUACCACGACACACUGUCUUCUCCGAUGGGGUCUUCUCUCGUUAAUGACGAAGCGUCAGAAAACGAAGACGAAGACGAUGGUGACAGCGACAGCCAAGACGAGGGUGAUAAUGAAGUCGACGACGAUGAAGAUGACGAGGAGGAUGAAGAACCUCUUGUCAGCCGUGGGCGUUACCGCCAGCGACUCGAGGUCCCUGCAUCGAGUGAUGGGAGUGGUUACCGCCAGCGACUCGAGGUCCCUGCAUCGAGUGAUGGGAGUGAAGUAACAGAAAGCCCGUCACCACGACUCAUAAGGCCUGCUAGGCAUACGGGGUCUUCAGCCCACAAUGCUAUCACCAUUGCCGACUCGGAUGAAGAGCAACCGGUUGGUCCGGGGCGGCGAGCGGCACAAAGGCGAGCGAUGCAGAGACGGGGCACUCGCUUCUCGCCUUACUGA